UUUCUUUAGUGGACAAAAAAGCUGCAUUUAUUCACUAAUCUUGUGUGUUACUUGGAAGUUGGAAUGAUUCUAUUCUUCUUCAUUCUGAAGAUUUCGUGACAAGAGUCUGCCAUUCUACCCCUGGUAUAUAUCCCUCAAGUUGAAUGAAAAUAUAUCUUAUUUUAUUUUAAAGUAGCAUAGCUGGAGGCUUUGCAUUUUCCUACUUCAAGAAUCAAGAUUCGUUCAGAUAGAGAGAAAAAAGUAGAAAAAAAAUGCUCACAUUGUUCCUCUCCUCAUUUUUACUGGCAACAUUCAGUGUUUGUUGAACGUUUCCUAGUCCUAUUUGGAACCCUAAAAGUUGAGUACUUAUUUCCCAAGUUCUUUGUUAUCUUCUGUUUUGUAGCACUCAUAUUCUCUUUCUUCUCUUCUUGUGAGAGGGAAAACAAUGCCUUUUUCUAGUGCUUAAACCAAAUUCCUUCUUCGAUUUCACUCUUUGCAUCUUUUAGACCAUAAAGCUUUGAACUUUUUCCAUGGGGAGGACAAACCUUACCUACUGUACCAGUACCACAGUUUUCAAGCUGGUUUUUUUGUGCAUUUUGUGGGUACAACUAAGCUGUGUGCAAUGCCAUGGAAGGAUAAUCAAGGAUACCUCCACUGAGCCUACGGCCCCACCUUCUCCACCUCAGUUCAAGAACAGGUUUCAAAGGAUUUUUCUUAGUAUUCUGUUUGGUAUAUUCGCUGGGUUGAUUUGUGCACUUGUCUUUGCUUGGUUUGUUCGGAGCUUUGUGCGUUACAUCAACAAAGCUCCAAUUCUCAAAGGCCCAGUUGUAUUCUCUCCAAAAAUUCCGGCAAAGACACUGCAAUCAGCUCUUGCUAUUGACACCCAGUUGCUUGGUGGGAAAUACUACAGAACUGUUCUGGACAAUGGUCUUACUGUUGCUGUCAAAAGGCUUGAACCCUUUGAGUCUGGUGACUUACAGGGCAAGUCUUCGAAGAGAAGAAUACAACAAGAACUUGAAGUGAUUGCUAGUUUAAGGCACAGGAACUUGAUGAGUUUAAGGGCUUACGUUCGCGAAUCUAAUAGAUUCUUUCUGGUUUAUGAUUAUGUGCCUAAUGGGAGUCUUGAAGAUGCAAUGAACAAAGUUAGGGAAAACCAAUUGCAGCUUAGCUGGGAACUCCGGCUUCGAAUUGCAGUUGGAGUUGUUAAGGGUCUUCAGUAUCUUCACUUUUCUUGCAACCCCAGAAUUUUGCAUAGGAAUUUGAAGCCCACAAAUGUAAUGUUAGAUGCUGAGUUUGAGCCUAGGUUGGCUGAUUGUGGUUUGGCUAAAAUCAUUCCCACUUUGAAUCUCCCUGCCGCAUCAACCUAUGCUCCUCCUGAGUCUUUCCAAAGCUGCAGGUAUACUGAUAAGAGUGACGUAUUCAGCUUUGGAGUGAUAUUGGGUGUUCUAUUAACUGGAAAGUACCCAACAGAUCCCUUCUUUGGGGAUACAUCUACUGGAGGAAGUUUAGGGCGUUGGCUUCAACGUUUGCAGGAGGCAGGCGAUGCUCGAGAAGCAUUGGAUAAGAAUAUUCUAGGGGAAGAGAUUGAGGAAGAUGAGAUGCUAAUGGCUGUGAAAAUAGCAGUGGUAUGCUUAUCAGACAUGCCUGCUGAUCGCCCUUCAAGUGAUGAGCUCGUUUCUAUGCUCACACAAUUAAAUAGCUUCUGAUUAGUUGCUUUUUUUCCGGAUAUCAAGAUUCAAAUACUCAACAUCUUUAAGGCUGUUCUUUUGGCUUUCUAAGGUAAUAGGUUUGCUUGUGGAAGCAUAUCCUUUUGGUA